GUGAACUUCCGCUAAUACGCCAUAGCUUUUUCAGUGGUAGUGCUACUCUGAUCACCGCUGUUCUGGUCCAGAAGGCCAAAUAGCGCAAGCAUCAUGCUGCGACUGCCGAGUGUCGGCCGAGCUCUGGCCGGAGCCACCAAGAGCAGCCUCUCUCCCUCCAACACCGUGCGUACUUCAGUGCGUGCUGCCAGCAACAUGGUGGAAGUGUUUGUGGAUGGGAAACCAGUGGAGGUGGAGCCUGGAACGACUGUCCUGCAGGCCUGUGAGAAGGUGGGAGUCCAGAUCCCUAGGUUUUGUUACCAUGAGCGCCUCUCUGUGGCUGGAAACUGCCGUAUGUGUCUGGUGGAGAUUGAGAAAGCACCAAAGCCGGUAGCAGCCUGUGCCAUGCCCGUCAUGAAGGGCUGGAACAUCCUCACCAACUCAGAGAAGACACGCAAAGCCAGGGAGGGAGUGAUGGAGUUCCUGUUGGCCAACCACCCACUGGACUGUCCCAUCUGUGAUCAAGGAGGAGAGUGUGACUUGCAGGAUCAGUCCAUGCAGUUUGGUUCAGACCGCAGCCGUUUCACAGAAGGAAAGAGAGCAGUGGAGGACAAGAACAUCGGGCCGCUCAUCAAAACCAUCAUGACGCGUUGCAUCCAGUGCACACGCUGUGUCCGUUUCGCCAGUGAGAUCGCCGGUGUUGAAGACCUGGGAACGACAGGACGAGGAAACAACCUGCAGAUCGGGACAUACGUGGAGAAGAUGUUCUUGUCGGAGAUGUCAGGCAACGUCAUCGAUGUCUGUCCUGUGGGAGCACUCACCUCCAAGCCCUACGCUUUCACCGCACGACCAUGGGAGACCAGGAAAACUGAGUCAAUCGACGUGUUGGACGCGGUGGGAAGUAACAUCGUUGUGAGCACGAGAGGAGGCGAGGUGAUGAGGGUGAUGCCCAGGCUGAAUGAAGACGUUAAUGAAGAAUGGAUCUCUGAUAAAACCAGGUUUGCAUAUGAUGGUCUGAAGAGGCAGCGGUUGACUCAACCACUGGCGAAGAAUGAGUCGGGUCAGCUAGCUCCAACCACCUGGGAGGAUGCUCUGACUCGUGUUGCUGGAGCACUCCAGGGUGUGCAGGGCAAUGAGGUCGCAGCCAUAGCAGGAGGGAUGGCAGACGCUGAAGCUCUUGUCGCCCUCAAAGACCUCCUCAAUAGGCUCAACUCAGAAAACCUCUGCACUGAGGAGGUCUUCCCAAUGGCGGGUGCAGGCGCUGACCUACGCUCCAACUACCUGUGUAACUCCCGCAUCACCGGCAUUGAGGAAGCUGACCUUCUGUUGUUGGUGGGAACCAACCCGCGCUACGAAGCUCCACUUUUCAACGCCAGAAUCCGCAAGAGCUGGCUCCAUAAUGAGCUGCGUGUUGCCAUGGUAGGUCAUGAAGUUGACCUGAGUUAUACAUACGACCAUCUGGGAGAGGAGGCUUCAAUACUGAAGGAGCUGGCGAAUGGCACACACCCCUUCUGCCAGGUGCUUUCAUCUGCCAAGCGUCCAGUAGUACUCGUGGGUAGCAGCGCUCUACAGCGAGAAGACGGAGCUGCUAUUUUGAGCGCCGUCUCCACCAUCGCUCAGAACGCCAGAACCAGCAGCGGAGUGGAAGAAGGCUGGAAAGUCCUGAAUGUCCUGCACAGAGUGGCCAGUCAGGUGGCUGCGUUGGAUCUGGGCUACAAGGCCGGUGUGGAGGCCAUCAGGAAAAACCCACCCAAAGUCCUGUUCCUCCUGGGAGCUGAUGCCGGCUGCAUCAGCAGAGCCGACCUGCCUAAACAAAGCCUCAUCGUCUAUCAGGGUCACCACGGUGACGUAGGAGCACCAAUGGCCGACGUCAUCCUGCCUGGCGCUGCGUACACCGAGAAAAACGCUACUUAUGUGAACACUGAGGGGAGGAGCCAACACACCCGGGUGGCCGUCACUCCUCCGGGGGUGGCCCGAGAGGACUGGAAGAUCAUCAGAGCCGUGUCUGAGCUGGCAGGUGUGUCACUGCCCUAUGAAUCCCUGGAAGAGGUACGAUCCAGACUCGCCGAGGUCUCUCCUAACUUGGUCCGUUAUGAUGAUGUGGAGGAGGCAAACUACUUCAAACAAGCUAAUGAGCUUGCCAAGGCUGUGAACCAGGACCUCCUAGCAGCUCCCCUGAUCCCACCUCAGAUUACAGUAAAGGACUUCUACAUGACAGACUCCAUCAGCAGGGCUUCCCAGACGAUGGCCAAAUGCGUAAAAGCCGCAACAGAAGGAGCCGCCGCCGUCGACGAGCCUUCAGUUUGCUGAACACCCAUCACAUCUCAACGAUUAACUCUUGGUUGUUCACUUCUCUGAACAUACUCGGUGUUGCUCCCUAAUUUAAAGUUGUCUUUGAUGCAUAUUGUAAAAAUCGUUUUCACACCUGAGAACGUGCUUUGUUGAAUGGAAGUGAGAAACUUAUGAAAUAUGAAUAAAAUCAUACUGUCUUUACUCCA